AGCUACUGCUUUGGCCGCAGCAGCAGCAGCAGCAGCGUCCGUGGCGGCUGCCGCUGCAGCACGACGGUUGCUUUUCUGUCCACCGCGUUCCAGCAGGCUCGCGCUGCGGGUUUAGUGCAGUAGGGAGGAGCGCGGUCUCGGCUCAUGCUCCAUCCGGCUGCUCGGCUGAAGGAGAGGGUAACUGGUCGCGGUCCGCCGCCGCUAUGCGCACCACCCGGAGAGCUGCUGCUGCUCCUCUCUGAGAUGAGGCCUACAUGUUAAAGCUCGCUCCCCCCUCCUGCUCCUCCACCACCACCACCUCCUCCUCCUUCUCCCCGCGAGAAAUCUCACCGUGAUGGCUGAUGAUCAACAACAACCUGGGCAGCUGCAGCAGAGUCCCGUGUCCGGCCUGGGCUCUCUCUCCACCGCGGUGCCUGGUCUGCAAGGCCCCGAGGCGACCGCGCUGCAGUACAACAAGAUCAAGAAUUCAAUCUGCAAAUCUGUACAAUCAAAAGUGGACAGCAUUUUGCAAGAUGUUGAGAAGUUUACAGAUAUUGAAAAACUCUACCUCUACCUUAAGUUGCCUUCUGGUCCUAGCAGUGGAAAUGACAAAAGAACUGAAAAUCAGAGGGGGUCUACAAGUCCUGCAACAUGUGACCAGAAUUCCACAUCGUCCAGCCGGACCCAACAGAUGUAUGCUUUCAACUGGAUCAGAAAUCACUUAGAGGAGCAUCCUGAGACCUCACUGCCAAAACAAGAGGUGUAUGAUGAGUACAAGAGCUAUUGUGACAAUCUUGGCUACCAUCCUCUAAGUGCUGCUGAUUUUGGAAAGAUUAUGAAAAAUGUCUUUCCGAACAUGAAGGCACGCCGCCUUGGAAUGCGAGGAAAAUCUAAAUACUGUUAUAGUGGACUGAGGAAGAAAGCCUUUGUGCAUAUGCCAUCUUUGCCCAACCUGGACCUGCAUAAAUCAGGGGAUGGGUGUGAGCUGUUGGAGCCAGCUGCUCAGUCUCCCAGUGCUGAAGAUGAGAUGCGUUCUGCAGCCUGCGGCCUAGUCUGUGAAUGGGCCCAGAAAGUCCUGAGCCGUCAGUUUGACAGUGUGGAGGAGUUGGCACGAUUUCUGCUCAACAGCCAUUAUAUUGGCACCAAGUCCAUGGCUGCCCUAACUGUUAUGACUGGGACCCCAACAGGUGUAAAAACGCCCACUCCUGCAUCUGCAUUUGUGCCUACUGGUGAGGCCAAUGCUUUCCAGCCCCAAGUGAAGACUCUCCCUUCACCCUCGGUUGAUGCCAAGCAGCAGCUACAGCGAAAGAUCCAGAAGAAACAGCAGGAGCAGAAACUCACAUCUCCACUGCCCAGUGAUGCCCAAGCUCGUAGAGCUGAAGCAGGCACACCAGGCCCUGGUUCCGGUAUCACAUCUGGAAGUCCUGCUUUGUUGUCCCCACAGCCCACGAUAGGAAUUGUAGUAGCGGCAGUGCCAAGUCCCAUCACGGUGCAAAGGAAUCGACAGCUGAUGACCUCCCCAAGUCCAGUGGCAGCAGCUGAAGGGAAAGUCCUACCAGUGAAUUUCCAAGUGGUCACACAGCCUGUUAAGCAGUCCCCUAAAACUCCUCAGAAUGUUCCUGCCAGUCCUGUUGGUGACAGGCUAGCCAGACACCGAUACGCCCAGAUCCUACCUAAACCCUCUGCCACAAGCGCCAUCACUCUUCGAUCACCCCCGACACUUCUCAUCACUCACAACAGCCCCAUCAAAACAGUGAUGCCCACUCAGCACGUCAGCUCAGUGAAUGUUGUCAAGAUGACGGCUAUAUCAUUAACACCUAACAGUAGCAGUGGCAGCAGCACACCAACACCCUUACGACCUGCCUCAGCUGGUGUAAGUAGCACUCUUUCCCAUGAAGAGCCUAGCCAAAACCAGCAAUCUCAGAAUGGCAGCUCAGCCACUCUUCAGUCAGCUACAGCUGGAAGAGUUGGCCACCCUGCCACCACCAUGAUUUCCUCCACUACUGAAGUCAAAAUGAUUUGUGAAGCUACGAAUGACAGUAACUUGUCUGCUGGUGUUGAAAAGCAGAGUACCGCACCCGGGACUAUCACUGGGCUAAAGAACGAGAGGGCCACUAAAUUUAGGGCUUCCAGUGAACCUUCUCUUCUUGUAAAGGCAUCCCCAGUGCCUGAACGAGUCAGUAGGGCCAAAAGUGACUCUGCAACGCCUCCCAGUACAAUCAUAGGGGCAGCUGCCCCCUGCAGCAAUAACAGCAGUGAAAGUACUUUGUAUUUGACCGUAAUGAAUCAGAAUGCAGAUGUUGGAUUGUCAACCAAUGGUGCGUUUUCCCCCUCUGGCCAGUCACCAAAAAGUGCUGGUCUUGGUCCAAAAAGUCCUAGAAAGCGCUCUGCUUCUGUUCUUGAGACCCAUGCAAUUCCUGUUAAGAGGGUGUUUAUAUCUCAGCAACCUUUGGAUGCCAGCAACCAUCCUAAACCUGGUCUUAUAAUCGCUGCAAAGAAGAUACAAAGGCCAGGAACUCCUGCAAGACCAGAAAGUGCUCCAUGCAAAGUGACACUAAAACAGAGUAACUGCCUACCAACACAAAUUUUAGCCCUUUCAGAUACACCCAUUGAAAACACCUCUCAGACUAUUGUGACUCCUCAGAGCUCUUCACAGUCCAAGCACGGGGACACCUCUGCUGGAAUUAGCCCUGCUGAUAUAGUCUCUUGUAAUAGCACAGCAUCUGAUCAAGCUUUAUUGCAACAAAUUGUGAGCCACCAAGUCGCCACUGCCAUUUCUCAGGAGGCAUCUGCUGUGAGUGAGCUAAAGAGUUCCUUACAGGACUAUUCUCUACAGCUACAGGCAGAACAAAAGCAGGUAACAGCUAGCCAUCUUCCAUUGAUAGCCCAGACACCUGAAGCAUCUACUCAGUUGACCCUCCAGCAGGAUAUUGUUGACUUUGAUGGAGCUCAAGCGAGCAUGGACUAUUUCCCUUUUAAUGAUGAUGACAUGACUCAAGAUAGUAUAGUGGAAGAGCUGGUGCAGAUGGAGGAGCAAAUGAAGCUGAAUAGCAGUCUGCAGCCAUAUCUUAGUUCUUUAGAUAUACCUUUACAAGGCCAGUCAGUUCCUCAAAGCACUAUUCUUUCUCCCCACCAGACAGGUACGCAGUUCUACCACUCUGCACAUAGCAGCACCACACCAGUCCACACUCCUACACCCACACCAACUCCGACACCAACCCCAACUCCAACCCCGACCUCGGAAAUGUUGCCAGGUGGGCACAGUAUAACAAGAGAGAGUCCGUGUUCUAGAAUGGCUCCUAUUACCCCAGUUGAUGGUAUUUUAGGUGGUCGACAUACACCUAUAAGCACUCCAUUGUCCAACUGUAGUAGUAGUGUUCCACCAAGUCCAGUUGAGUGCCGCAAUCCCUUUGCAUUUACUCCUAUUAAUUCCAACAUACCUGGUUACCAUGAUGGCAGUGUAGUAUCUAGUAGCCCAGUUAAACCCAUGCAGAGGCCCAUGGCCACUCAUCCAGACAAGGCUAAAAUGGAUUGGAUCAACAAUCGAUAUAACAGCACCUCAAGUUCCCCAUCAAUUUCAAACACGAAUGCCAUUAGCAUCCUUCCUAGCUAUCAGGAUCUGGUUGAGGACCACUUCCGUAAACCCCACGCUUUUGCCAUACCAGGGCAGUCAUUUCAGUCCCAGUCAAGACACCAGGAUGGACAUUUGGGCAGAUUGACAACUGUGUCACCUGUUCAGCAAGGCCAGCAAACAGUUGAAAACAAGCAGGAAAGCUUUGCGGUCCCAGCACCACUAGACAACAAAACAACAUCUGGGAAUGGAGGUGGAACUUUUAGGUGCCGUAGUGUCAGUCCUGCAGUACGGCAGCGCAAUCUUAGUGGCACCACAGGGCAGAAUAAUCCUGCGCCAAGAUCUGUUGUUUCACCUUUCAAUUCCCCUUUGACCGCUGAGGUUCUUAGCAUUCUCUCCAACAACCAGUCAGUGGUAAAUGCCAACAGCAUGGCCCAAAGGAGCCAGUCAGUACCGUUGAGCAUCAUGAUGCAGUCUGAGAUGUUGCCAAUUGGCCACCAGGGCCAGCCGAGCAACAGUGCCAAAAUCACCAGUGUGCUCCUCAGCAAGAUGGAUGCAGACGGGGACGACACAGUGCGUGGGUUGGGUGUCAACAACUUGCCUUCCAAUUACACAGCGCGGAUGAACCUCACCCAAAUCCUGGAAACUACGCAGGCCUUUCCUGGAGGCACAGCCCAUCAAACACAACAGAUACCCGUCUGCUCAAGCCCUUCACCAUUCGACUUCCAGAAGCCUGGUUUCCUUCUAACCACUGGGGGUGAACAGAUUGCUUUCACCAGUGAGGCCCAAGCACAAUCAGGCUCUACGCUGCAACAGCAAGAGCAACAGCUCCAACUACAGGAUCAACAGCUGGAACUGCAAGAUCAACAACUGUUGCAAGAUUCACAGUUGCAACUCCAGGAACAAACGCUGCAGCUUCAAGAUCCACAGUUGCAACUCCAGGAGCAAACGCUGCAACUGCAGGACCAACAGUUGCAUCUCCAGGACCAACAGCUGGAAUUACAAGACCAACAGUUGCAACUGCAGGACCAACAGUUGCAACUACAGGACCAACAACAGCUACAAGAUGAUCCGAACCUCAGUCAACAGCAACUGCUGCCUCAAACCUCACAACAGGAUGAGGAGCAACAGCAGCAGGAGCAGCUGGACUUCAAUAGCACUGUCAAGGAUCUAUUGGGGGAGGAUGGACUCAACCCCAGCUCGCAGCUGGUUGGGCAGGUGGCAUCAGAACUCAGCGCAGUCGCGUCAGACUUCUCCAGUGAAAUCCGUUUGACCUCUGAUCUUUCCGGUAGCAUCAACGACCUGAACACUUUAGAUCCCAAUCUUCUGUUUGACCCGAGUCAGCAACAGGACCAAUAUGAAGACACCACACUGGAAGAGCUGAAGAACGACCCAAUAUUUCAGCAGAUAUGCAGCGACACUGUGAACUCUGCUGGAUUUGACUGGUUGGAGAACAAAGACCAGCCAACAGUAGAAAUGUUGGGUUAGGUUUCUUUUUCUAUUCCUUUACUGUCAUGGUUAUUGCUGUUCGUCACUAUUUAUGUUUUUUUCAUUGUUCAUUUCUGUUUUUUAUGACUCUCUUUAUCUCUUUUAUAUAUUUUAAAAAAUGUGAUUUAAGUUGUGUCACUGCAGCAACAAUCUGGAUCUAUCAGUCAGUCCAGAGAGAAGUGCCAGCCUGACCUGAAGUGAUCUUUACAGGCUUGCAUCCCCCCCCCUGUUGUUACAGCCCAUCUCGCUCUCCUCUCACUGAAGUUGAUUUAAAGCAUUUGGCAGCAAUCAGGCAUUUCUUUUCUUUAUGGAUCUAUAACAUAACGUAGGACUUAUGUAGUAAGGGCUACACAAUAUUGAUAAACAGCUGUCAUUGCAAUACAUUUUCUUUUUGCAAUAUAUAUUGCAAUAUUAAACAGUACAACUUUCAUUUUGAAAAGAGCUCAGCAGAAGUCAGUGAUCCAUUUCAUCCAACAUUUCAUUAUAUUAGUUAUGCACUUCAUGCAUUGAAGAUUGGACAAAUAAAAUAAUUUGAAAAGAUAUGAUCUAUAUCCAAGUCAUGGAAAAGUAGAACUUCUUUUGUUAGUGAAUGUAAACAUUUUUGUCUCAAGCAUUUAUUUGACAUUUCACGCCCUGCAAUGUGACUACUGUGCAUGUGCACAUUGUGAUGAUGAUGCUGUAAAAAUAUAUUGUGCAGCCCUAAUUUGGAUAUUAUUAACAUAUCCACAAUUUUAUUCACAUAUUUUUAACUUACUUCAUUAGUCCAACUCAACAUCCUGAAUAUUCCACAAAUCCAUGAUUCCAUAAAUCAGUUAAUGAUGUGGAAUGCAAUAUUUUAAUAAUGGACAAUUAAGUUUUGAUAAAUUGCAUAGGCUAAGAGUUUUGUCUUUGCAUAUAAGCUAAUGAGUCAGACUGCUGAGGAAUUCGCUUCACUUUCAUUGUCACAAAGGACAUUUAUGAUCACUUCUUCUUAUUUGAACUAAAUUGUCAGUCAAAGUAACAUGCAAUUUUAGGUGCUAAUAGGUGCUGAAUAAAACUCAUUGGCAUCUGCCGAAACACUUUUCGGUUAUUGCUAUGUUUUGCCUAAUAAAUAGUCAGUUAGUUUAUUUAAUAAUAGGACAUAUUACUCGUACUGUUAAAUAAAAGGAUGACUGAGAGGAGUCCGGUCUUUGAUAUAACUACACUUUUUUAAAAAAGUGAAAUAUUACAUGAGGGAGUCUGGUCUGCCUUAUUUCCAAAGUCCAAGGCCUUAUGUCAUCUUUAGCAAGGCUUUAAUGUAUGGAAUUUGAGGAUUUUUAAACAUCUUGCUGCACUUCAGACAGAGCUUGGCUGUUUGUCAUUGUGAAUUAUUGUUUUUGAUUUCCAAACACAUUCCUUUAAAUAAUGCUUGCAAACUGUUGUCUCCACCAUUUCCCCCAUAGCUCUUCUCCACAUGAUUACGGCAGUAGACAGUAGUGAAAUGGUAUGGUUAAGAGUAGAUAUUCCAUCUAAGGCUUGUGAUCAAAAGUCCACCCUGGAGUGGUUGAGGGUUUAAUGUGUUUCAGCCUUAAAAUCCAUACCAAAGAGAACUGGUAAAGAACAAUACGUGAUUGAGAUCUGCUAUCGCUGUCUCCAUCUCCAAGUAACCAUCAUCACUAAAUUGAUCUGGUUGAAUUUAUUGGUGAAUUGAACAGGGUUUUAUGGUGCUCGAGUUCCUGGUGGGCUGAUAUUUGUGUAUAGUAUGUAUAUGGAAGACGUAUCUGAUGUACAGUUAAUUAUGGGUGGGAAGCAUGUUGUCCAACAUUACUUAAUGAAUUCAUUAAAACUAAGGCUAUUUGUAGUCAUUCUAUUAACACCACCUUUGUUUAAAAAAAAAGACAUAGUCAAGAUUUUAAAAAAUCCAUUUUAUUAAAUACACUGUACGGUGAUUUAGAUAGAUCUGAAAGCCCUUGAGGGGAAAAAAAGUUAAGAAAUCAUAAUGAAUCUAUAGUCAGCACGAUAUGCUGUGUGUUAUGUUUUUGGCUUUAUGUGUUGUGCUAGUAAUGCUGUCUGUUUGGUCUCUAGCUUGCUGAUGUGCCAUUUUCCUUAAAAGAGUAUAUUGGUCUCUGCUUUGCAGAUGUGAUGUGUACAUUGAGAGAGGAAAAAAUAGCAUGGUUUAUAUGAAAAAAGAUGAAUAAUGAUAUAUACAAUGUUCAUUUUAUUGUGACAGUCAAAUGUGUUGCGCAGAGAACCCUGGAGCGGCAGGCACUGGAAUUUCAAUGGUUCAUGAUUCAGCAAACUUCAGAAAGUUCACUUUAUUGCACUAAAGAGUUUCCUUUUUUGUAAACCAUGACUUUGUCAGAGAUUCAAAGGACAAAGGGGAAGCAAUUGAAGCUGGUAAAAAGCUGAUUUUUUUUCAAAGGUAAAUUACAAAAGGGGAAUUACAUAUGACAUGUCAGAAAAUUACAAUGAAUUAUUGCCUUGUGUAGCAAUGUGCACUAAUCUCAAUGAGAUACACAUUUUACUCAUUCUCAUCCAUGAGAAUAAGAAAGAUAAAAGCAAACAAAAUUUAAGAUAACAUUAUUAAAAGUGAAUAAAAAGAGAACAUGCUUCACUAUGUUAUUCAAUGAUUGUAUGUGCGCAUGUAUGUUAAACUAUCUAUUGUAGUAUACUUUGUGACCACUCCCUCCGCAAAAAAACUGAGGGCUGGUUGUGUUGACCAGAUAGACGAGAAAAAAUAAUGUAGUUCUUCGGAAUAAAAGCUAUAUGUGUGAUGUUUGCUAAGUUAAUAUUGUUCUGUAUGUUUUAGUUUAUGAAUAUGUUCCCUUUUUCAGUACAUGCAUCUUUUGUUUUGCUUUUUUUUUCCUUUUUUAUUUUUUAUGAAAAAAAAAAUGCCUUUGUGAAGAAAACUGUAAAUAUGUUUUUCUAUGUUCCGGCAUUUAUCGAGGCACUGAUUAUUUACUUUUUUAUGUUGGGAAGGAAAGAUCUAAUCCUUACUUUUUUGAUACACAGAAGAUUCAUCAAACAGUAAGUCUAAUGCUGUAUUUCAGACUGGUCUGGUAGAUACAAAUGUGUUUAUUCUUUCUGUCUCUUUGAAACAGUAGGACUGAACCCUUCUCUGUGCUGUCGUCUGGUGUACUGCUCAAUGUACAGUAGCUUCUUAAUAUUGCAGAAGCGUUUUAGCGAUGUUUCUUUCUUUUUUUCAAUGGAAAGUACUCACAGGUGAGAUUUUUUUAAGUGGUUUUAAAAGCCAAUAAACAUUUUUAAAUAA